AUGUUCAUCAUUUCAGACUCGGUUUCACACGAUCUUCUGACGAUUGAGAAGGUUGAUUUAUCUACAGCACGUAAUGGCAAAAUUCACCACACAGAUCGUUUUGAUCUGAUGAAAAGAGACAUCCCGAAGCUUGUCAUUAGACGUGGUCAUCCAUUUAAACUUCAAUUACAUUGCAAUCGACCGUAUAAUAUUGAGAAGGAUGCGAUAAGUUUAGUGUUUGCUGUAGCUGAUGUUGACAGACCUUCGUUUGGACAUGGCACUCUCAUUGCUGUUGCUUUGAAGCAUAAAUCAACAGAUUUGGGGAGAAGUUUCGAAUGGGGCGCAUCAAUCAAUUCAAUCAAUGGCGAUCUUUUGGAAAUUCUUAUUAAACCUGCUGCUAAUGCAAUUGUAACGCAAUGGAAACUUGACAUCGACACUAAAUUAAUAAACACAACAGUUGCAAAGAGUUAUUCAUUGGCCCAACCAUUUUAUGUUCUUUUCAAUCCGUGGUGCCGUGAAGAUCAAGUUUAUUUAGAAGAUGAAAGAGCUCGAAACGAGUACGUUUUAUCGGACACAACAUUGAUCUGGAAAGGAACUUACAAUCGUUUACGACCAACGCCAUGGCGAUUAGGACAAUUUGAAAGAGAUGUCUUAGAUUGUGCAUUGCAUGUAAUCGCUUAUGUUGGUAAGAUUGGACCGUCGUCUCGGGGAGAUCCUGUGAAAGUGUCACGUGCUUUAUCAGCUGCUGUUAACAGCCCUGAUGAUGAUGGAUUACUUCUUGGUAAUUGGUCGAAUGAUUUCUCUGGUGGAACUGCGCCAACUAAAUGGGGAGGUUCUGUUGAUAUUAUGCAGCGUUUCUAUAGGAAAAAGAAGCCAGUGAAGUUUGCACAAUGUUGGGUGUUUGCUGGUUGUCUCACGACAAUUGCACGUGCUGUUGGAAUUCCAUCGAGAAUCAUCACAAAUUAUUCAUCGGCACACGACACUCAAGCGAGCAUGACUGUCGAUUAUUUCGUUGAUGAUGAUGGAAAAAUCAUGGAAGAAAUGAAUGCGGAUUCGAUUUGGAAUUAUCACGUGUGGAAUGAAGUUUGGAUGGCACGACCAGAUUUAAGUAACAAUGAAAAUGGAGACUAUGAUGGAUUCCAAGCUGUUGAUGCGACACCACAAGAAAUGUCAGAUCAAUUAUUCCGAUGUGGCCCAGCUUCAGUUGCUGGUGUCAAACGUGGAGAGAUUCUUAAGCCAUACGACAACACUUUCUUAUAUGCGGAAGUUAAUGCUGACAAAGUUUUCUGGCGAUACACUGGAGUGGGAAAUCCUUUGAAAUUGAUUAAGAAAGAUGAGUUUGGCAUCGGUCACUUCAUCAGUACAAAAGCCAUUGGUCGUUGGGAACGUCAAGACAUCACGAGAACAUAUAAAUAUGAAGAGAAAACUGGUGAAGAAAGAGCAACAAUGUUGAAAGCUUUGAGACAAGCAAAUAGCGCAUUUUCACGUUACUAUUUAAAUGAAGAGUUUAAUGAAGUUCAAUUUCAUUUUGAGCUUAAAGAUGACAUCAAAAUUGGUGAAGAUUUCAGUGUCAUGCUCAACAUUAAAAACAAAUCAUCAGAAAAGAAGCACAUAGUUAAUGGAAACUUGGCGUCUGUUGAAGACACUGACUAUGAAUAUUUCGCACAAGAUGAUUUCCGAGUCAGAAAACCUGACAUUAAAAUAAUUUUCACAGGAAAACCUACACAUGAUGUCGCACACGACAUUCAUGUUCGUUUGGAGAAUUCUCUUCCAAUACCAAUGACUAAAGGAGUUUUCACAAUUGAAGGAUCUGGAAUUCAAGAGCCAAUGAUCCUUAAAGUUCCUGAUGUCCAACCAAAAGCCUUCGCUGAGACUCGUUUUGCUUACAAGCCUCCAUAUGUGGGAAGCGUCAAACUUAUCGCCAAAUUCACAUCGAAAGAAAUGGACGAUGUCGAUGGCUAUCGAGUUUUCGAAAUAGCACCAAAACCAGAAGAUAUCCUAACACCUGAAGCUAACAAUGAUACAAUAGAAAAAACUGACGUAAUCGAGUAAUAACCUUUUCUACCACAGAUUUUUUAUAUGCCAUAAAUUUUCUAAUUUAUUUAGUGUUUUAUUAACAUUCAAUGUACCUACGUAUUAAUUUAUUUUCUAUAUUUUCAAUAAAUUAUAAAUAAAAUAUUUUGAGAUCCUUAAAUGAAUUUUUUUGGUGUGAAAUUGUUCGUUCAUUCAUUUACUUAAUCUUUGGUUAUUAAUUAGACCAGGUAGACAGUAACAUAAUUGAAAAUGUCUCUAACAUGCUUGAUGAAUUCUUCUACUGGCAAUUGCAAUUGAAUGAUGACUUUAAAUCGUUUCUGAGUUAACAUUUUAUUAACUCUUCAGGUUGCUAUCUCGAUUCUAUCUUCCAUUUCAUUAAGAUCAUCAAUUAUUUCUUUGUGUGUGAUUAAUUUUUCAAUACUGCUUGGAGCCACCUUGAAUACAGAGACACCUUUCUUUGCAGCAAGAGCUUUUAUCUUAUGCUCUCUUCUAAAAUGUGAUAAUCUAGCAAUGGUAAAUUUACAGCCGUGUGUACAAUCAUUGACAAUCCACCAAGGUCUCAUAAUUCUCCGAGGUCUGAAUCUUUCAUCCUUGGGAUUUUUGGUGGGAUCUUCAACCUUGAGUUGUCCUUUUAAUUUUCCCUUUUCAAUUUUUUUAUUGACAUCACUUGUAGUAUUAUAUUGCUUAUUAUCGAAUGAUUUAUUGCCAAAAACUUCGAAAACCGACUUGGGAAUAUUAAAAUUUUCGAAGGAAAGCACUAACUUUGGAGGUACAUACUUCAGCAAUUGCUCUUCGACGUAUUUUAAAUUCCCGUUCGUUGACAUUUUAAAAAUAAUCGUUUGUGAAACAGAUUUUACAAUACAGUUUAAAUUUAAACUAUAAUUAAGAAUCUACACAAAUUAACAUUUUUUACUUUCAGCAGUUGCAGUUGGAGGAAAAUAAAUUUUUAAACGAGUA